CUCGGUGGUCGUUGUGGCUUUUUCACCCAGCUUUUUCCAUGGAACUCCCAGACGCAUUGUGGUUCUGAGCAUUUACAGGCUGCGGUGGGUCCAGUGGUCAUGCUGACAUCGCCCAAAUCAUUCAUCAAAUGAGCUGGCAUUCAAAUGUUUCAGUAUUAUCUCGCUUUUCCCUCCCCACAGAUCUUUGUUUUUGAACUAUAGUGUGUUCAGGAAGUUUCAGCUAACUUGAGGCACCUACUGCUGGGUUGUUCAGUUAAUUACACUAAUGUUGUUAAUAAUAAAUAAUAAUGUUGCCUGUCUGCAUUCCAUACUCUUCUUGCAUUUUUGGAAUAUGUUUUCUGCAGGAAGGUGGUUUAAUUUUCGGAAACUGAUGGCAAAGUCUUGUUUUGAGAUAUGAUCCUGAAAGCCCUUUUCUGUGCAAGCGGACCUGCUUACUGGAUUAAGUUUUUGUAGUUUUAUGUCCUGGAUCGGUAUUUGAGAUUCUGAAUUGCGCCCAAAGCCAUAGGAAGUGGUGGAAAAUCAGUGAGGGAAAAGCAGGGGAGUAGGAGAAUAACUGCAUACUGCUGUUGAAAUACAAGUUUCAUAAAUGGAAAAGAAGAGUUCAUGGUUUCUGGUUUGCAUAUUAGCAGAGGCUGAAUAGGCAUAAAGGAGACUAUAGUGCGGGUGAGAAGUGUCAAGCCCCUUGCAAGGCUUUGCUCUGUAAACAAGAAGAAAUGAAUCCUACACGUGAUGAUCCAGUGUCUGGAACCAUUUUUGACUGGGACUAUCUCUUAUGGGAAGUUCGUUUGACGUUUUUAGCUGCUGGUUUUUUAAUCUACUUGGGAGUAUUUCUUCUGUCUCACUGGUUGUCUUCAUGGAUGAGUACCACUUAUCAUGCCUUGUAUGCAAAAGAGAAGGUGUUUUGGAAUAUGGCAGUCACACGUGGUGUGUUUGGACUUCAGAGUUGUGUUGCUGGGUUAUGGGCUUUGCUCAUAGAUCCUGUUUUUCACGCUGACAAAGUGUAUUCACAGCAAAAGUGGAGUUGGUUUAACUGUUUAAUAGCUGCUGGAUUUUUCUUGCUUGAAAAUGUAGCUGUUCACAUGUCCAACAUUAUUUUUAGAACAUUUGAUGUGUUCUUGGUAGUUCAUCACUUGCUUGCUUUUGGUGGCUUGGCUGGUCUAGUAAUUAAUGUGAAAUCUGGACAUUAUCUGCCUUUGAUGGGAAUGUUGCUGGAGAUGAGUACUCCCUCAACAUGCAUUUCCUGGAUGCUUCUAAAGGCUGGCUGUGCUAACACCUUUUUCUGGAAGGCAAACCAGUGGGUGAUGAUCCACCUGUUUCACUGCCGUAUGAUUCUUACUUACCACAUGUGGUGGGUGUGUAUUUUCAAUUGGAAUUCUGUGCUGGAAAAUCUGGGACUUCUUCAUUUUAUUGUUUUAUUCUCGGGAUUAUUUGCCGUUACACUAAUACUUAACCCAUACUGGACAUACAAAAAAACUCAGCAACUCCUCAGCCCAACUGACUGGAACUUUGAAAAUAAAGCAGUGGAAAAUGGAAGAUUAAAUGGUGAAACACAUGAAAAGAAGAGGAUAUAACACUGAAACAGCUGUUUCCUAGUAGGGUAGCAGAAGAAUGCAAUGAGAAGUAAUUCUUUGCCCAUGAACUAGAAGCUUUUGCCAGAAGCUCAUUAACACAGUGAUUCCUUGCUGGUAGUAUUCUGUAUGCACCAGAAGUAUUUAAAAGCAUUGUUUGUGUUUCAUAUGUGCAUACACAUAAGAUCUUCAACCUCUUAGUUAUGAAUUAUGCCAACAAUUUUGUCAGGUUGGACAGUAUUUUAUGAUUUAGUAGUGACAUGCUCUCUAAUGGCAUCAUUUGUCCUAAUGCUUCCAAGUGGCUUUACAGUUAAUUUGUCUGUUAAGCUCAGCUUGAAUCAAGUUUAGCCUGAAUCCUAUUUCACAUAUGUCAGAGAAUCUGAUACUGGAAAUUAUGUUGUUUAUUAAGAUCAAUUAUGACCCAGGUUAGGUAUGCAUGGGUACCUAGUUCCUGUGCGCCAUUAAGUCAUUCCAGGUGGCUGAAUUGGUCAGUAGUAGAAUGCAGUCAGGGCUGGGUUUGGGGGUUUUUUGUUUGUUUGGGGUUUGUUUGUUGUUUCUUUUUUCUUUUAAGUGCACUUGAGGAAGGUGAUUGUUUGAGUGUUCACUGUCAAAGUGAGUUGUAGUUUCCAGGUUGCCCUCGGUACGGAAGGAGUUCCACACAAACAUGCAUGUGGGCGAUGCAGGCAUUCAUUAUGCUGGUGGUCUAGCUAGGUAAUCAUAGUGGUCCCUUCUGGUCUUGAAAUCAGUGAAAUACAAGAGGCAAGGACAGAAUGUUUGACUCUGUCUCAUCCUUGAAAAGAUUGCUGGUUGAUUAGUAAAAUUAUUUUUCUUGUAGGUCUCACAUGAGCAGUCAUGCAGUUAGUUCCACUAGUGCUCUUGUUAAUGGUUACUUUUAUUUUUGGAAAUUCUCUUAGUUAUAGAGGGUUUUAGAAUCUGAGGUGACUCCUCUGUGGAGGAAAGCCCGUAUCAUCUCCUUUAGGAGUUUGGUUGUUCUUUUAGUAUUUUUAUUUUACUUCGAAGAACGUACGAAGUGACACUAACAGUUCUUUGCUCUUUGUCUGCCACAUCACUAAAUCUUUCCUUGACCUAAGGAAUAGGGUUGCUUUUUAGAUAAGGACUUGGCAAAUUGUGGCGGAUGUUCUCCCACUAACAGUACUGAUCUGACGGUUGCUGGGCGAAACGUUGGACAGCAGAUGAAGGUAUAAAGAUCACGAUAGAAGAGAGUGACGCCUAGUGGCAGGAGAAUGACAAAGAUAUUAAUUAGUUUUGGCACACUGAACUAGUGAGAUAAACAGCCCCAUCGUUUGAAACUGUUGUAUAGUGUGAUGUGACUGCUACGCAGAUUUAUUUUGCAAAGUAGUAAGACUGAGCAAGGCCCAGCUGUGAAGAAUCUUAGGUCAAGGCAUGUGUUGGAGGCUUUGUGUACUGAUCUGUGGUGGAGCAUAUUGUUUUAAAUGUGUAAGGGAAGCACUGUUUGGUGUAAACAACCCCAUUUUAUUAAUUUUUGGUGGCAAUGUCUUUGAUUUUGUUCUGAGUGAAGGGAGGAGGCUAGCGGUCAGGUUGCUGUGUUCCCUAAUUCACUUUGUGUGAGCACUGAGUUGAAGAGCUGCUCUAUGAGGGAGAGGAAACUUGUUACUGUUAGGUCACAAAUGUAUAGCCAGACCUUGUGGAUAAUGAUGAAGUGGAUAUGUGAAAUUGCCCGUUCAAAACUAGGCCAAGAGGGUCAUAGUAAUUUUACACAGCAACCCUAUCUCUUACCCUGCUGAUAUACAAUAGAGAAAAUCUAAAUUUUGUGUUACUUUCUUAUUUCUAAGCAGGCCAGAAUGAGGUUGCGGUGUUUUGGCAGUGUCGCCUGUCUGGACGCCAUCUUGUAGAAAAAAGGCUUCUCUAAAGCUUGAAAUUAGGUACCUCUCUUGAGGGGUUAUGUGUGGAAAAGUAAUGUUAAAAGUACUUUAGAAGAAAGCAGAGGGAUGAAUUCCUCAGAAACAACUCAAAUAUGUGAUCCAAAUGCAUAUCUUGCAGAAUCCAAACCUAACUUGCAGUGUUCCAGGGGGAAGGUGGAAGGAUAAGUCGCCAGAUAUGAGAAUGAUGGUGUCCUCUGUGCAGCUUAAAACUUAAAAGGUUUGGAUUUGAUAAAACAAGGUAAUAAUUAUAAAAAUCCUAGCUAUAGAAUUCUGAAAAAUCCUAACAGAAAAUGGAAGCAUCAGAAGAGAAGUAAGUUUGGGCCAAGCGUGUAAUUCUUACAGUGGCUGGCUAAAGGAGGUGAAGUUUCUAUGUGCUAAAAUAAAAGAAUAUGGAGGGUUGGGGUUAGUAGUGAAUUUGGGACUGAAAAAGAGAUUAGGUGUGGUCCAAGCAGACAGGUGGAUAGUUGUGUCAGUGGCACGAAACUUCCAAAGUUUUAAUAUUUUGUAUUAUUAAUUUGUGUAAUGUUAUUAAGUGGAUUUGAAAUCUUUGAUGAAAAUUAUUUUUUAUCAUAAUAAGGCAAUCUUUUUAGUACGCAUCUUAGUGUGAGUUUUUUUCACGCAAAGACUUGUGGCAUAUCUUGAAAAUCUUUUACAUGUCUUAACUAUAUAAUUAAUAAUACCUAAGAGCACCUGUUAACCUAAACACUGCUAAACCUGAUAGAACAAGAAAGCUAUGAAAUAAAGCAAAUAACAGCACUCAUUUUAUUUCUGUUGGUUUAAGGGGAAGGGGAUUUUACAGUCCAGCUAGAAAUACAAGAGGACAUAAAAAUACAGACAACCUUUCUUAUUCAUCUUGAUGGCCUAGAGUUGGAGUUACGAGUUCUGUUACACAGAGCCUCUUUUUUUUUUUUUUUAAUACUCAAGUAUUUCCUUCACUGCCUUUUGGCUGCUCCCUUCAAGAGGAUUUUCUGGUUUGUGAUUGUGGAUGACUGUCUCAUUGCUCUGAAACAAGACUGAAAAAGCUCUCUAACUGAGGGUUUUGGUGUCUAAUUACUCUUAUAACUAAGUGCUGCUUUUCAACCCAAAGGUAGACUAGCCAUAGUUUGUUUAUAAAUUUUGUUAAUGCGAAACUAAUCGCAGUCCUGUUGGGCCUCUCUUAUAAGGCCUUAUCCGCAAUCCAAUGUAGAAAAAUUCACAGUCAGCUUCAGUAGUGGCUGGAUCAGGUCACAGGGUGUGCUGCUGCCAUGAUUUGGAAAACUUGCAUAAUAUGUUUUUGGGUGAAUUUUUUGUUUGCCUAGGUGACUGUUGACUUCAUCCUGCUUUCUUGUUGGACAAGCUUACUCGAGUGCUGUUUGUGUCACCUUUCUGGCUGAAGCUUUUUUUUUUUUUUUUUUACAGAAAAAAAGCAAACCCCAAACAAACAACAAACUAUGAUGGGGGUGGGGGUGUUUGUUGUUUGUUGUGUUUUGGGAUUUUUGGUUGGGGGGGGGGGUGGGGUGGUGGUUUUUUUGUUUUGUUUGUUUGGGGGUUUGGGGUUUUUUGUUUCUUUUUUUUUUUUUUUUUUUUUAAAAGAAAAAUGUCUGAUCUAAGACACCCUGGCCAGGCAUCUGGCUCUUACUGUCUUCAUCCAGCAUUCCUAAAUCACAGUUUGUGUUUGCCUCCAUGUGUGUCCUGUCUCAUGUUUUUUCCAAAACCUGUCAUCGUUUCCCCUCCCACCCACCAAUUUUUCUAUAAUAUUUACUCUUACUUGCAGUACUGGUCAUGAUCUUGUAGCAUUCACAUUACUGCAGUGAUGUCUUUGUCUCAUAGUUCCCAGCAUGUACUGUUGGGCCCUUCUUCCACUAAAUACCCAUGUCCAAAUCUUUCAGGUUUUUUGCUUUUUCCUGGUAACACUGAUUAAAUAUCGAUGUCAUGUACAGUUACAAGAUACCUUUCUUAACCUCAGGGAAACUCCCACUUAAAGUGAAUUUAGAAAUUCAAGCCUGCUCUUGUACAAUAUGACGUUUGUUGAAUGGUACAGCAUCUUUACACUGUGUGCAUAAAUAAAAGUAUUUUAUUGAA